CUUCUUUCUCAUUGUGGCGAGACCUGGCGACUUCAGAUCAUUAACAACCCAGCCAAGAUGGUAAAGAUUUUCAUUGGGAACCUGCCGCCUCAGGCUGAAGUAGAAGAAAUAAAGGCCCUGUUUGCUGAAUAUGGGACAGUCACUGAGUGCGCUAUUAUCAAAAAUUUUGCUUUCGUUCACAUGGAUGAUCGCAAAUGUGCAACCAAAGCUAUCAGAAAGCUUCAUCUGCACAAGCUGCAUGGAACGCCCAUCAAUGUCGAAGCAAGUACAGGCAAGAACCAGGGUCCGGUGAAGCUUCAUGUGGCUAAUGUGGAGAAGGGAACAGAAGAUGAUCUAAGAGCGCUGUUUGAAGAGUAUGGUUCAGUUGCUGAGUGUGCCAUCAUUAAGAACUUUGCCUUUGUGCACAUGAACAACUCUGAUGAGGCAAUGGAUGCACUCAGGGGCUUGGACAACUCUGAAUUUAAAGGAAAAAGAAUUCACGUGCAGGUUUCAAAGAGUCGACCAAGAGGAGAUGAAGAUGAAGGCUAUGGCCCCCCAGACAGAGGAUAUUGGCAGCCCCGUUUUCCCGACCGUCCCGAACCCCCUGGUUAUCCCAGAGGUCGCUUUGGGUAUCCACCUGGCCCCCCACCACCACCUCCCCCACCCCCCAGACGCCCCCCAUAUGCAGAGCGCGCACCUGGAUACGACCGCGAUCGUGGUGUGGUCGACUAUUAUGAAAAGUACCGCGCUCGCCCUUAUGGCGCAUCCUCAUAUGAGGACAGGCGUGCCGGCGCCAUUCCCCCACCCCCACCGCCCCCUGCAUCUGCCAUUAUGAGAGAACGAGUUGCUGGCAACGGCCUUGACCCCUAUGAGCGACGACCCCUUCCACCCCCGCCAUCUUCAUUCUACCCCCGGGAUCGCAGUCCCAUCAGACGUGCUCCUCCUGCCCCUCCGGCCCCCGCAGGAAAUGGUUAUUCGUACGAGCGUUCUCGUCUCUCCCCCCUCUCCAUGUCUCGUGUCCCGAUGUACAGCAUGCCUCGGCCCAGAGAGCCCUAUGCUGACAGGGUGCCACCACCACCUCCUGCGCGCUACUCGUAUUAAAGCGAAUACCUGCGCUUUUGUAACCAAGGUGUAAAUUAUUCAACCAGAUCGUCGUCGUCGUUGUCUCCAGAUGCACGUGACGCGAUACGUCUUUGUCUGCCAGAGCGCGUUUCGUUCGUCUGCGCAUCCUAGUGGAAGAAUACGAUUGCUGACUGCACAUUCUAUAAAACAAAAACGCUUUUACACGUAUAAAAUUCGUUCUCAUGCUAAAUUGUUAACUCUUUGCCUUUUUUCCCCUCCCUUAUUGUUUUUAUUGUUUAGUGUUUAAUAGGUGAGUUGAAGCACUAAGCCAGCAAAAGUUACUUAAAAUGGUGGUUUGAGCUAUUUAAAGGACAUAAAACAAUUUUACUUUCUAGGAACAUUACAAUGUAUUAACACUGUACUUUUAUUUUUUAAUCUGGAUUAAGCUUUUAGUUUUGUUAUUGAACCUCUGUAUCAGGCGUUAUAGCAAGCCGAAACAAUACAUUUGUGUGAAUUUAAGUUUGUUUUUGUAGGCAUUUGUUAAAGCCUGAAAUUAACAAAAGGUACACUCGUGCGACAUGCAAGUACGAAUACAAUAUCCGCAGCAAUAAAGUUUUUCAGAAACUGGCUUUAUUGAAAGUGUGCUGUAGUUUGAAUUAAUUUCAGGGCAUAGUAAUUCAAGGACUGUGUACUUUUUCUUUCCUAAAACACUGAUUUGAGUUUUAAUAAAGACUGGAACUUAA